GUUGAUCUAUAGCCCCGCCCCUUUGCCCUGGCUGCUGCUGUCUGAUACACGAAUAACAGAUGAAAGGUUAGCUGGCGACCUUAAUAACUUUACCAAAUAUUGACCAUUCAUUUUCGGCAAGAGGAUUUACCCCUGUCUGUGGUAUGAAAAGGUAACUUUGGUCAUCUCGCCUGAAGUUGUGGUCAGAAAGCUGAAGUAUGGAUUCAGCUCAGGGGAAUUUCUCUCCACUCAAACGCUUUGUAGUGGCCAAAAAGAAGAUCGGUGAUGUGUUUGAGCAACUGCUGGAGUAUGUGAAGGAAGGCUCAGCAUUUGUAGAAGAAACGUGUCAGAAUGAAGCCUUGGAGAACAUUGCAAGUCGUGACCAACAGGAGGAGAUUCAGGCGUAUGCUGGCAAACUGCAAACUAUCAAAGAUGUGCUUGCACGCAGACACAUGAAGGUGGCCUUCUUUGGCAGGACGAGUAAUGGGAAGAGUACCGUGGUCAAUGCAAUGCUGAGGGACCGGGUGCUGCCCAGUGGCAUGGGUCACACCACCAACUGCUUCCUGAGUGUGGAGGGCACGGACGCGGACCACGCCUACCUCAAGACCGAGGGCUCCGAGGAGGAGAAGAGCAUCAAGACUGUGAACCAGCUGGGUCACGCUCUGCACAUGGACGAGAGUCUGGACGCAGGCUGCCUGGUCCGAGUAUUUUGGCCCAAGACCAAGUGUUCCCUGCUCAGAGACGAUCUGGUUCUCGUAGACAGCCCUGGGACAGAUGUCACGACACAGCUGGACAGCUGGAUCGACAAUUUCUGCCUGGACGCCGAUGUCUUCGUGCUGGUGGCAAACUCAGAGUCAACCCUCAUGAACACGGAGAAGCAUUUCUUCCACAAGGUGAACGAGAAACUCUCCAAACCUAACAUAUUCAUCCUCAACAACCGCUGGGAUGCCUCGGCCAGCGAGCCAGAGUACAUGGAGGAUGUGCGGAAGCAGCACACGGACCGCUGUGUCAACUUCCUGGUGGAUGAGCUGAAGGUAAUGGACCGGGAGCAGGCGCCCAACCGCAUCUUUUUUGUGUCGGCCAAAGAGGUGCUCAACUCCCGCAUGCAGCGAGCUCAGGGUAUGCCAGAGUCCGGUGGAGCUUUAGCAGAAGGCUUCCACGAGAGGCUCAAGGAGUUCCAGAGUUUCGAGAGGACAUUUGAGGAGUGUAUCUCGCAGUCAGCAGUGAAAACAAAGUUUGAGCAGCACACUAUAAGGGCCAAGCAGAUCACUGAAACGGUCAAAGCCAUCAUGGAUGCCAUCAACAUCGAGGCGGCAGAGAAGAGAGUGGCCUCAUUGGAGGACCGUGAAUACCAGAUGGAUCGUCUGGAGUUUGUGAAGAACCAGCUCAGCCUGCUCAUAGAGGACAUCAAGAUGAAGAUCAAGGCCAUUACAGAAGAGGUGGAGAGCAAGGUGUCUAGCGCCAUGGGUGAAGAGAUCUGUCGUCUCAACGUGCUAAUUGAGGAGUUCCACUCGGACUUCCAACCCUCGCCCCACGUCCUCAAGCUCUACAAAUCAGAUCUACUGAGCCAUAUUGAAGAGGGCAUGGGCAAAAACCUGGCCUUCCGCUGCUCCAAUGCCGUCAACGCCUCCCUGCAGUCCUCCCAGAGAGACAUGAUCGAGAGUAUGCAGCCUCUGCUGCCCCCUGCUGUUCAGAGCCAGAUACAAACGUUUGUGCCAAGCCGCAAAUUUGACCUGAGCUACAACCUGAACUGCGCCACGCUCUGCUCAGACUUCCAGGAGAACAUUGAGUUCCAGUUCUCAAUGGGCUGGACGGCACUGGUCAACCGCUUCCUGGGGCCUACCAAUGCAAAGCGGGCCCUCAUGCUGGUCGACAGGAACUUCCAAGUAACGCAGAUGACACACUCCCUGUCCACCACGCCCUCCAGUGGCCCCUCCAGUGUGGCGGUAGCACAUCCCCAGGACGCCGCGCUCUCCCAUGAGGAGAUGAUGAUGUCCAUGGCCACCAACCUGGCCUCUCUCACCUCCCGCACCUCCAUGACUGUGGUCAUCGUUGGAGGAGUGGUGUGCCGGACGGUGGGCUGGCGGCUCAUAGCCCUGUCGGCCUCCAUGUACGGCCUGCUCUACUUGUGGGAGAAGCUCACAUGGACCACCAAGGCCAAGGAGCAUGCGCUCAAGCGCCAGUUUGUUGACUACGCCACAGAGAAACUACAACUCAUUGUCCGCUUCACCAGUGCCAACUGCAGCCACCAGGUCCAGCAGGAGAUGGCCACGACCUUUGCGAGGUUGUGUCAGCAGGUGGACCUGACACAGAGGGAGCUGGAGGGAGAGAUCAGCCGACUGACCGCUAAGGUCCAGACUCUGGAGACCGUCCAGAGCCACUCCAAGACCCUCCGGCACAAAGCCACAGAGUUUGAGAGGCAAUUGGAGGCUUUUACAGACCAGUAUCUGAAUCCCCAUAAAUAAUGGACUGGGUUUCUCUCUCUGGCUCUACUGGCUCCCCUAGCGACUCAGUCCUAGCAAAUGGAAUUGACUCUUCCCCCCCCUGACCUCCCCUCUCCACUCAGAGAAAAUAGGUCCACCCUCGACAAUAUUGCUCCCGGGAUUCCCCCACCUCCGAACAGAUGUUUCUCUAAGAGAUUUGUUGAAGUGUGUCCAGUCUUCCACACACUUUAGAAAAGGACUUUGCAGAGAACAAACUGCCCAUUAGUUCAACAAACCAAACUGCCUGUAACACAAAUACAAACUCUGUGUAACUGUGUGAAUCAGUCGUGUGAAUACAGUUCCGAAGGUCAGGACAUAAACUCUGUUGGCAUGAGAUUGAAGGUUGGGUGCUGUAGCCUGUACAUUGACACUACUGCUCUUAUAACUGUGAAUAUGCCUUUCACUAACUCCGGAAGUUAAGUGUGUGUGUGUUUGUGUGUAGAAAAAUGUAGGCAUGUGAUUUUCAUUCAGAUCUGAAUUUGUUCUGGUUUACACCAUUGUAAAAAAAAAAAUUAAAAUAGAAUUGUGUGUGUGUGUUUUUUGUGAAGGACCUACAUAAAUUCAGAGGAAAUCCAUUUGAAUUCAGAAAAAAACAAUCAAAAUGACUGACGUCCGGCUGAUAGUGUUUUGAUAAAGAGAAGCAUUGUAUAACUUCCUCUGCCGUUUCAACUAAUUUGACAUGUCAUGAGAAUACAUUUGAACAAUCUCCACUUUGUAAAAAAGUGUUUUCCUUUCAUGAUGAAUUUGAAUUGAAAUGCAUCCUGAUUUACCUGAAUCUAUUCAAAUAAUAUUCUAUGUCAUUGAUUCUGUUUGUUAUUUUACAUGGGGUAGCUUUGCUGUAGAAUCUCUAAUGGAAACAACAUUAAACUGAAGACUGCACUUUUACUGAAUGGUAGAUGGUCAGCAUUCAAGCAACUAUGUUUGAAAAGUAAUUUGUUAACCUCAUAAGUUUUUUUUCUUUUUUUUUUACAUAAUAGGCUUCAACACAAUCCUUGGUUAAAGCUUUUUUUAUUGGUUACAAUAUCAACUCAUGGCAACAUAUCAGUAUCACCAAGCCACUGUACAAAUACACAAAAAGAAUUGGUGUGAAAAAGACUAUAAAAAAAUUAUUCCAUAACAAGUGAUUAUAAUUUCACACAAUAGCACUGUAAGAGAAAUCAUGGCACCAUGUCCCUGGUUUUCACUAGCUUUAAAACACAAAAAAUAAAUAAGACUGUCAGAAUACAUCAGAGCCAAAAGGCAGUGCAUUAAUUUGUGUUUGUGGUGAUCGCAAAAUGUAACGCUAAUUAUCAAAAGGACAGCUGGGGCACAACUUCAAUGUUUGAUUUUCGUGUGUUUGUUUCUCUCGAUAUGCGCUACCCCGUUUUACGAUUUUUAAAAGAACCCCUCUAAAACACUGCUUCAAUGCAUGGAUAAUAUUCCACCUCAGUCCACGAGUAAACAGUUCACAUGUAAACGCAACGCAUGCUGAUUUACUUACUUACUUUUCCCUUAGACCUGUAAAUCCAGGCAAGUACAAGCUCAGGCUUUUCAAUUACUUUGGCUAUGUAUGUCAAGGAGACUUGAAAACCAACACGCGCUGUGUUCGUUGCAGACUGGGUCUCGGCAUCCCAUCCAGUAGAGCACAUGCUGUCACGACUGCUCUUAUGACAUAGUUGUUUCAUAUGAUGAAUACAACUAAAGGUGACAAAGGAAAUACAAUGACAUGGUCAAAUACAGGGAGAUUGAGCACCUUUGACUAUUGAUGCCUAGAAACCAUUGGUCCCAGCAAACUAACCUGAUCAUUGGGACUGCACAGGCACAUGUUAAUGCGGUAACUAUUUUAGUAAUAAUACUGUUGCAUCUUAUUGAGCACUGUGGUCAAGCCUCUGGGGUGUUCUUUGUGUUAUAGAAUAUACUUUUUUUUGGCUAGUAAGGGCUGUGGUGCUGUAUUGUCACAGAUGAUGUCUGAGCUGAAGAAUCAACACAACCAACUUCAAAGUUGCUUUCAGGAGUUUGGGUAAGGUUCCCUGGCAGCCAUGUUGAUGUAAAAUGACCAAACUUCAUCCUGCCAUUUUAUCUGCCAUCUGUAUUUCCUGUCUUAAAAGGGCUACAUUUCUCUCAUUGGAUCCUCAUCAUUCACAAUGGGUAGAUUAAUUUCAUAUGGGGAAAUUAAAGCAAAACAGAAAGUGAUUCAAUAACAUUGAAGGAAUAUCCAUAAAUUCUGGACACUUCUCUUUUAUUGGGCACCUUAUGAAGUCAACAGAGGACCUUGUUACAGGCCAAGUGUAAAAAAAAUGACACGGAUUAGAUUUUGAUUCAGGGGGAAAAAGCUGGCACUUUCUGUAAGCAAGCGAAGAAACACAAUGAGUUGUCAAUUAUGACAUGUUUUCAGUUCACAGCUCAGGGUCAGUGGGUAACAUUGGCACAAAUGCGAAAAGUAACACUUAUUACCGGCAUGUAUGUUACCCACACAGAUCAGUGAGAAUUUCAACACUGAUAUGGAAUACAUUUUACAUCCAAGUCAGGUCAAGGAUGUGUUUUUUGGGGCUUAAUAAACCGCCAGCCAUUUCUUUUACAUUUAUUCUCAAAUUAAUUAAUGCAAAGCCAGGUAAAACAGCUAAAAACGUACAACCAAAUAAACGGCUACUAUAAAUCACAAAAUGAUCAAAGGGUUUUCUUUGUAAUCAAUAAAUACAACAAAUUGUACGACAGAAAGCAGAAUUGUAUAAAAUAAUGUACAGCACUUUCGAGAAGCUAUUGGAAGAUGCAUGCUGUUUGCAGGUCUUCGGUUGUGGUCAUCUGUAAGCUUGGCUUUUAGUGUUUACUAUAGUACUGAUGAGUCUCUGUGCUUCACAAUUGCUUGAUUUCAGCAAAUCAUUUGACUUUGUUAUAGCAGGUUAUUGUCUGCCUCAUUCUUUACCCAGUGCCAAUAUUUGAAAAGGAGACAAUUAUCUUUUAAAGUAACUGUCCAGUGUUUCCAGAUUUCUAUGAAUAUUUCAUAGAAAUCUGACCUAUAAUCACUUGUUUUAUUGUAUGUUAAAAAAGCAGCUUUUCUGUGUUGGAAUGGUGUGGGCAUACCCCAACAACAGAACUGUGUGGGCAUUGACCGGUCAUUAAAAAGAUUAGCCCGCUGAUUGGCCGGCUCAUCCUCUAUGAGGAAAUUAUUAUUAUUCUUUUUUUUAAGUGUUUUGUCCCCAAGUUAAGCUUUGGCCACAAAUAUGAGUAUAGGAUGAGUCAAUAACAUGAUUUGGGUAUGAGUUGACAGAAUAUUAACUUUUAAAAAUAAGAUUUUCACUGGACAAUUACUUUCACAUUCUCUUGGGCCCACUUGAAAUAGUGGAGCCUCAUUAGGCGACUGGGUAAUUGAGGUCAAGUGAACUGCCUACAGGUGGAGAUAAAAAGCCAAAGUAUUGAACAAGCAGGCCCAACAUUUGAGUUCCUGACCAGUUCCGGUCAAUGUUGGCAAUGGGAUUGGCUUCGUAGCAUCUACAGUAAGGCAGAAUGGAGAUUUAACUGAUCUCAAGCCACAGACCAUUCUGAUCCAUUCCACAUGGAUCCAAUCCAUGUACUGUUAUCUAGAUAUUUUAGGAUGUUAGGGUGUAUAACUCAAAAAUAGGCACCCUUAUUGAAGCGUUGCCUCCCAAACAAAGUUAUCUUGCGAGGUAAACGGAAAAUGACUUAUGCACAAACUAACAAAGUAUUGUGAGAGAUACCCCCUUUCCUCUAUUGGUGAGUAUGUUGCAUGUGCUCUUUGCUUACAUUUGAACUACAGUUUGUUGUGUAUGUGUGCAUUAUCUAGCUCU